AACGGCGAAGAUGAAGAGACAGAAUGUCAGGACUUUGUCAUUAGUAGUGUGUACAUUUACGUAUCUCCUUGUUGGCGCUGCGGUAUUUGAUGCCCUUGAAUCGGACACUGAGAAGAAACGCUGGGAAUUUCUUUCGGAGAUACGCCGUAAUAUGAUGAGGAAGUACAAUAUUACGCCGGAGGACUACAAGAUGGUCGAAAUUGUAAUAAUAGAGAACAAGCCACAUAAAGCGGGACCGCAGUGGAAAUUUGCGGGUGCUUUCUAUUUUGCCACUUUAGUAUUAGCCAUGAUUGGUUACGGGCAUUCCACUCCUGUGACUAAAACCGGAAAGGCAUUUUGUAUGGUAUAUGCAGUGGUAGGAAUUCCUUUGGGAUUGGUAAUGUUUCAAAGCAUUGGUGAACGAUUGAACAAGUUUGCAUCAGUUGUGAUUAGACGAGCAAAGACAUAUCUCAGAUGUCAAAGAACCGAAGCUACAGAGAUGAAUCUCAUGCUAGCGACUGGUUUACUUUCAAGUAUAAUUAUUACGACAGGUGCUGCAGUGUUUUCGAGAUAUGAGGGUUGGAGCUACUUUGAUAGUUUUUAUUACUGUUUUGUGACGCUUACAACUAUAGGUUUUGGUGACUAUGUCGCUCUUCAGGUAAAUAACGUUUGGUUGAUCGUCAGCAAGAGAAGCAGUGAGAUUUAUAGACAAAUUACUUUGCAGAAUGAUCAAGCGCUUUCCAAUAAACCUGGAUAUGUGAUUUUGAGUUUGAUCUUUAUCCUAUUUGGUUUAGCCGUAGUCGCAGCCAGUAUUAAUUUGCUCGUAUUGCGCUUCAUGACGACGGAUUCCGGUGAGGCGCGUCGUGACGACACUGAGUUGCAAUCGGCUUCCCAUCACGUAUUGACAUUAGACGGCGAGGUUGUAGCGGUAAAUGGAAAGCUUCUGGCCAGUCACGUGCCUGUCGUGCACGACACGGACGAUUGUGUGAGCGUAUGCUCUUGCACUUGUCUAGGCCCAGCGAAUUCCGAGUUAUUGGAUCCUUCCGGAUAUCAGGGAUAUCGACCACCCCCAACUUCUGCCAGUCUCCGAGUAAAACGUGCGUCCGUCUGAUGGAGGGAGUUUCGUCGUCGCAGUUUACGUCGCCGAUUUUCAAAGGCCGAUAGUCGAGAAUUGCUCGGCAUUGAUGUUUAAGAUUGCUGCCCCGCACAAAAAGCUCCUCGCGAGAAAAUACCGCACACUGUGAUACAUCUACGAAGGACAAUUUAUAACUUUUCGUAAAGAUUUUCACAUUUUGUGUGGAAAGUAAAAUUUUAAAAACUGCCAUUUGAAAAAAUAUUUGAUGUUUGAUACGUCUAAUUAGAACUCUGAUUGUUGAUCGUUG